AUGGACUGCGAUAUGAAGAACCACCUCCUGUACCCAACCUACAUGACUCUGCCCACGGAGAUCGACCUCGUACUGUCGCCGGGCCAUUGGCAAGCACGCGGCUGGUUCCUUGCCGUCGAGGUUGUCUCCGUCGAGAGAAUCGAGGGCUACAAAGCACUCCUCCGCGUCUUCGACCAGGAAAAGAUCCACUUCGACCUGAUAAUCGAGUUCCAGGGCACCGAAGCUUGGACCUUCCCCCUGGACAAAGUCAGGGAAACUGAUGCUCUUCUCAUCCGCGACGCUGUCAUGAGCCAGCUUCCGAAUGGGGAGCUCGGGGUCACUGUUGUUGGUACGAAGCAGAUAAAGGUCAUUCCCUACGCGCUGCUGUAUCUCAAGAACACCAGUAAACACCUAGUCAAAGCACGCACUCAGAAGAACGGUCACCACGUUUGCUUCUACUGCCAGAAAACGGGGACUGAGGAAGAGCGGGUUCCCCCUUGCGAGGGAUGUCUGCUUGUCUACUUCUGCGACAAGGCAUGCAGGGCCAAGGCUAUGAACUUCAAAUGGCAUUACCUCCAAUGUCAAAUGCUCCAGGACGACGACGUCGGUGCCGUGUUUGCUGGCAACUGGGAAGACGUUCGCGAGUUCUCGUCGACCUUCCUUGUGAAGAACGACCCCUGA